AUGCCAGUUUAUAUGGUGGAUACUAUGGCGGCGCCCACAGCGGCGGCUACUGUUUAUACUCGAACUGUUGCCACCCAUCCAUCGGUGGAUGCGGCCCUUGUGGGCCCUUGCCAGGACCGUGCUGUGGACUCUCUUGCUAACCAGGAGCUGAUUGCAGUACAGUGGCCGAACGACGAUUAUGCAUUGAACAGAAAUGCGCACUUAGCUGUGUCACUGCUGACAUUUGUGACUCUCUCGGCCAUCAGCCUGCUUUGGUUCCUCACAGAGUAUAUAGUAUUGUCUAAUCAUAAAAGACCCGCCGGACCCCGCGGUCGCUCGCCACCGACCGCAAAGCGCGCGGGUGCCACCCGCCGAGGCUGCGGGUAUUAUUACGUGAAUUCUACAGAAGCUGCGGUCCCGCAACCGCAGCGGACGCGGGCGAAAAUCGCUCCAAGACCCGCCGGACCCCGCGGUCGCUCGCCACCGACCGCAAAGCGCGCGGGUGCCACCCGCCGAGGCUGCGGGUAUUAUUACGUGAAUUCUACAGAAGCUGCGGUCCCGCAACCGCAGCGGACGCGGGCGAAAAUCGCUCCCUGGUUAUCAAAGGAAGAAAAAAAAUCCAUGUUCGUAGCUGGUUACGAAAGAUCAGUUACGAUGGUGGACCAAAGGCACCACAGAGGCGAAGCCUCCCAACUCACAAAGGCCCACACCACAGAGGCGAAGCCUCCCAACUCACAAAGGCCCACACCACAGAGGCGAAGCCUCCCAACUCACAAAGGCCCACACCACAGAGGCGAAGCCUCCCAACUCACAAAGGCCCACACCACAGAGGCGAAGCCUCCCAACUCACAAAGGCCCACACCACAGAGGCGAAGCCUCCCAACUCACAAAGGCCCACACCACAGAGGCGAAGCCUCCCAACUCACAAAGGCCCACACCACAGAGGCGAAGCCUCCCAACUCACAAAGGCCCACACCACAGAGGCGAAGCCUCCCAACUCACAAAGGCCCACACCACAGAGGCGAAGCCUCCCAACUCACAAAGGCCCACACCACAGAGGCGAAGCCUCCCAACUCACAAAGGCCCACACCACAGAGGCGAAGCCUCCCAACUCACAAAGGCCCACACCACAGAGGCGAAGCCUCCCAACUCACAAAGGCCCACACCACAGAGGCGAAGCCUCCCAACUCACAAAGGCCCACACCACAGAGGCGAAGCCUCCCAACUCACAAAGGCCCACACCACAGAGGCGAAGCCUCCCAACUCACAAAGGCCCACACCACAGAGGCGAAGCCUCCCAACUCACAAAGGCCCACACCACAGAGGCGAAGCCUCCCAACUCACAAAGGCCCACACCACAGAGGCGAAGCCUCCCAACUCACAAAGGCCCACACCACAGAGGCGAAGCCUCCCAACUCACAAAGGCCCACACCACAGAGGCGAAGCCUCCCAACUCACAAAGGCCCACACCACAGAGGCGAAGCCUCCCAACUCACAAAGGCCCACACCACAGAGGCGAAGCCUCCCAACUCACAAAGGCCCACACCACAGAGGCGAAGCCUCCCAACUCACAAAGGCCCACACCACAGAGGCGAAGCCUCCCAACUCACAAAGGCCCACACCACAGAGGCGAAGCCUCCCAACUCACAAAGGCCCACACCACAGAGGCGAAGCCUCCCAACUCACAAAGGCCCACACCACAGAGGCGAAGCCUCCCAACUCACAAAGGCCCACACCACAGAGGCGAAGCCUCCCAACUCACAAAGGCCCACACCACAGAGGCGAAGCCUCCCAACUCACAAAGGCCCACACCACAGAGGCGAAGCCUCCCAACUCACAAAGGCCCACACCACAGAGGCGAAGCCUCCCAACUCACAAAGGCCCACACCACAGAGGCGAAGCCUCCCAACUCAUAAAGGCCCACACCACAGAGGCGAAGCCUCCCAACUCAUAAAGGCCCACACCACAGAGGCGAAGCCUCCCAACUCAUAA